GCAUCUGGGUGAAGUUGCUGGUUUACAGUUACCUUCCAAAAAAUCCUUCUACAGGUAGUCUGUCAUAUCAAGCAAAUGGGGUUGACAUUUUCAGAGCAGGGACCAGGGAGGUUUGCAAGCAACAGUUUGCUCCAAUACCAACUGAUCAAUUAUCUGACCAGAACUUUGUACAUUCGCAACUUGGUAUCCAAGCAGAGGAGGAGAAUGCUUGUUGGUGGUUAUGAUCUUGACAUGUCAUUCAUCACAGGCCGUUUACUGGCCAUGUCUUUACCUGCAGAGCGUAUGCAAGCCAUAUUUCGUAAUCCUCUCUGGCAAGUGAAGGAUGUGCUGGACAUGAGACAUAAUGGGCAUUAUAAGGUCUAUAAUCUCUGUGUCGAAGAAAGUUAUGAUCCAUUGCAUUUUCAUGGUCGUGUGGAGACGUUUCCAUUUGAUGACCACCACAUUCCACCUCUUCAGACUAUCAAGCUCUUUUGCAAAAGCGUGCAUUCAUGGCUAGCAUCUCAUCCAAAGAACAUUGCUGUUGUGCACUGCAUGGCUGGCAAAGGUAGGACAGGCUUAACGGUAUGUGCCUAUUUAGUUUACACUGGCAUGUCAGCGGAGGAAGCUCUUAAGCUGUAUGCAGAUAAACGAACCACCAACAAUGAAGGAGUAAGUCAGACUAGGUACCAUGAGGGCCCUUUUGAUCUAUGGAUAAUUAAAAUCAAUGAAAUGUCUUGCUCUUAUCACCAAUAGACGUAGGGCAUGCAACAAUGACAAUAACUACUACCAUUCCCAGUUUGCAUAUAGAACAUCAGAUUCAUACAUUUAGAUAAUUUUGAUCCAUCACUGCCAGUCUGGGUUGUUGUUAGUGUGAUUAUACAAGAUUACUCUGCAUGUGUUUACAGGUGUCAAUUCCAAGCCAACGCCAUUAUGUGGGGU